CAUCCAUUCAAACUUUCCUCGAAUUUUAUCGCUAGUAACCGUCCUGGGAAGACAAUUACAAUGCCGAAGCCACGUACAAAACGGCAGGCUAUCCGCGACGAGCGAAAGGCGAAGCGACGCGAAAAAUCCUUGGUCGGCUACGAAGCUAGUAAAGCCGCCAAAAAACAACGGCUGAACGAAGAAAAUGGUGAUGGUACUGGUGAUCAGGAACCCAGAUUUGAAGAUGGAUUCGACCAAUCCCAGCCUCAAAUUGGCGGGCCGCCGCCCAUGGAACGUGAAUUCUUUGGUAUGCUAUCAGAUGAAGAACAGGAAUAUUUCCGCUCCGUCGACGAACAACUCGAUAUCGACGAUUUUCCUUCCCAAGAAGAACGACAGCUAUACCUCGCGAGCGUAUUCACCGAGGCUCAAGGCAAAGAGCUCAAGCUAGCAUGCAGUCAAUCAUGUUCGCGUUUGAUGGAACGAUUGAUCUUGAUGUCAAACACAAGGCAAAAGAAAAAGCUAUUCCUACAAUUCGCCAGCCAUUUCUUGAAUCUUAUCCAACAUCGAUUUGCGAGCCAUUGCUGCGAGACGCUUUUCUUACAAUCCGCCCCGAUUAUCACAAGAGAACUUGGAGGAGAGCGAGACGAUAUGCCUACUGAACAAGACGACCCCGAUGAGAAGCCUCUUCCCUUUAUGGAAGAAUUAUUUCUUCUUACCCUUGACGAACUCGAAGGACACCUCGGUUACCUCCUCACAGACAGAUUCGCUUCCCAUACCCUGCGAGUUCUACUCAUCAUCUUAUCUGGGCGACCGCUAGAGCAGUCGCAAACGAAAUCUCUAAUUCAUAGCAAAAAGAAGGAACAUAUAUCAGUACCUUGGACAUCUGAUGGUCCAACCGACUUAAACACACAACUUCGAGCUGUACCCAUAUCCUUCAAUUUAGCUGCGAAAAAGAUCAUCGCCGAUUCCAUCUCUGGCAUGAACCCUACAGAGCUGCGGGUCUUGGCGAAACAUCCUACUGGAAAUCCAGUCUUGCAAUUGCUGUUGGAAUUGGACAUCAGUCUAAAUUUGAAGGCAGAUGAUGAUGAGUCUGGGGACAUGGUACUGCUAUGGCGACUUCUACCAGGGGCUCCCGCUUCGCUAAAAGACGCCACCACCCCCGCAUCGGAUUUUAUUAAUUCGAUGUUAUACGACCAUAUUGGCUCAAGAUUACUUGAAGUCCUUAUCACUAACUGCCCUGGAAAGAUUUUUAAAGCGCUAUAUAAGCACGUCUUCGGAAACCGAAUCCACAGCUUUUUGCGCAACGACGUCGCAUCUUAUCCCGCGAUACGCAUCCUGAAUCGACUUAGUAAGGAGGACCUAGUAGCAGCAGUUGAAAAGACUUUACCUGAAUUUGGCAAACUUGUCGCAUUGUCAAGGUUCAAUGUCAUUAAGACCUUGUUUGAGCGAUGUCAUGCGCGACAGGCCAAAAUUGAAGUCGAUAAGCUGACAACAGCUUUGAUUGGAGCUCUCGGAUCUGAUCCGAAGUCCCUAGUCCCUAAGCUUUGCCUCCCUCAAUCAUCGGAAACUGAAGAUGAAAAAAAUCACGAACCCCCCCAGAAAAACCGAUCAGCGUUAGUUUCGCACGGUUCUCAAUUAACAACAGCAAUGCUUGCUAUUCCCGGAUUCCCCUCCAGCACCAUCCUAUCAUCACUUGCCGCCCUGCCAGAAGAACUCAUUCUCCAACUUGCAACAUCAUCAACCCCUACUUCUUACGUCGUGGUUAAUGCUCUGUCGACACAAUCCAAGAACAAGGUUUUCCACAAGACGCUUGUCGCGACACUACGACCGCACGCAUUUCAAUUAGCCACGUCCGAAUAUGGCAACAAGAUCUUAAACGCAAUUAUCUUUUUACCUUCCAAAGGCGACGGUAUAUCAGUACCAUUCCACGUCAAGGAGUUAAUUAUAGAGCAACUAGGUCAACACGAACAGGAACUACGGGAUUCAUUUGAAGGUCGACGUGUAUGGAGGACGUGGAAAGGGGAUCUAUGGAGGAAUAGGAGAAGAGAGUGGAUCUCUUGGGUUAAGGAACUUGACUCUACAUCGAGUCAAACCAUGAUGGAACAGCAGUUUAAAGGGAAUAAUGGACCACGAUAUGAUCAAGGUGACAAUACCAGGAGUUUCACGAGGCCUGAUGACCAGGCAAGAAAAAGGAAGUGGGAGAAUGCGACAUAGGGUGUCAUAAUCAAACAUCACUCGCAUGAUUUUAUGAUAGGUUAGUCAAAGCCAAGAGUCAUAGGCGAAAUAUACAACUAGCAAUACCCAAAUACCCCGAUGCGCUUUCUCUAGAC